UAAUUUUGUUCAUAAAUGUUUUAUUCUAUUACGAUCAAAAUGCGACUGAACGAAUAUAAUACGUUCGAUUCAUAUGGACCGGGUGAUACACCUUUUAGAAAAUUAUGUUCUCAUCAAUAAUGCAGUGGAAUCGCAUUGCGGGUGUUAUCUCUGAAACGACGUUGAAUAUUUCGAAGUUAAGAAUAACGUCGAUGACCUGCGUUUUUUCAGUUGAAGCACAAGCUGCAUAAGCAUUAUCGUUUCAGAAGUUAUCCCGACAGCUCUUGCUUUUCUUACGCAGAGGCCAAAACUCAAAUCAUGAAAAACGUUUGGAUAUUUUUGACUAUCUUGCUGAUUGGUGUCAUCCCAUCGAUUCUUGCUUGGCGCACGUUUCUUAGAGGUCGAAGCAAGCAUGGUCUAGGAGCUCCACUUGUAACUAGAGAUACCAACUUUCCUAAGGAACAAUGGAUCCAACAAAAUCUUGACCAUUUCAAUCCAACGGAUGCUCGAACUUGGGAACAGCGUUACUUUGUCAACGAUACGCACUGGAAAAAAGAUGGUCCUGUUUUUCUGAUGAUCGGAGGGGAAGGAGAAGCCAGUCCAAAAUGGAUGGUCGACGGUCAAUGGCUCCAAUAUGCCCAUCAAUACGGAGCCCUUUGCUUCCAAGUGGAGCAUCGCUUCUAUGGAAAAAGUCAUCCCACUCAGGAUCUUAGUGUGAAAAAUCUCGUAUUCCUCUCGUCUGAGCAAGCGCUCGCAGAUUUGGCCCAUUUUAUUGAAACAGCAAGAGUGAAGUAUCAAAUCCCGGCUGCUACCAAAUGGAUUGUAUUCGGUGGUUCUUAUCCCGGAUCUCUAGCUGCUUGGGCUCGAUUAAAAUAUCCUCAUCUCAUUCAUGGUGCCAUGUCCGCAAGUGGACCGCUUCUUGCUCAAAUUGAUUUUCAACAAUAUUACGUUGUCGUUGAGAACUCCUUGCGAGGACAUUCUCAAGCUUGCGUCGAUGCCUUAGCCGCGGCAAAUCAUCAAAUUAACUUAAUGUUACAUCAUCGUAUUGGUCAGCAGGGAUUAACGAAAAAAUUCAAUCUCUGCGAUCCGAUCGAGUCCGCGUAUUCGAAGCGCGACAUCGCUAAUUUCUACGAGACUCUAGCGAGUGAGUUUGCUGAAAUUGUGCAAUACAACAAGGACAAUCGAAUCGGUGCCAGGGCAAAAUCUUAUACGAUCGACGACGUCUGCAAUAUUCUUGUUGAUGAAAAACGCGGUAUACCUGUGGACAGACUCGCCGAAAUUAGUAAUAUGUUGCUCGCGGCUAGUAACGAAAAGUGUCUUGAUUACAAAUACACCAAAAUGGUUGAUGAUCUGAGAAACGUAACGUGGGCCAGUGAAAUGGCCGAAGGAGGCCGCCAAUGGAUGUAUCAGACAUGCACGGAAUUCGGAUUUUUCCAGACCUCAACGGCUCGACCAAAUCUCUUUAGUGAAACUUUCCCCGUUGAUUUCUUCGUUCAGCAGUGUACCGAUGUUUUUGGUCCGCGAUUCAACCUUCAUUUGCUUGAAAACUCGGUCGAACGUACGAAUUCAUUUUAUGGUGCUAAGGAUAUCAAAGUAACGAACGUAGUUUAUGUUCACGGUUCGAUCGAUCCGUGGCACGCUUUGGGAAUUACACAGUCCACGGACCCAAAAGCACCGGCUAUUUUCAUUAACGGUACUGCUCACUGCGCCAACAUGUAUCCGGCAUCCUCCAACGAUUUGCCAGAAUUGACUGAAGCUCGUCAAAAAGUAAAUCAACUUAUAGGAGAAUGGUUGAAGGAGUAAAACCGAAAGUUUCGUUGAUCCAAAGAGUGCAACGAAAUUCAUCAAUUAAUGUAAUAAUUUUAUUAGCUCUCUCUCUCUCUCUCUCUCUUGCUCUCAGAUUCAUUCUGUACAAUGGUUUAAUAUCGCUUUUGUAUUGUUGAAUUAUAUCAUGAUUUUUUACAAGUUUGAA